UCUCUCUCUCUCCCCUUCCCAUCUGAGAUCGCCGGCGAUUUUGGAUUCAAUGGCGAAGAAAAUGUGCAGUCGGAAGUCGGCGGAGGUCAUAGCUAUAGUUCUUCUAGCUGUUGUUCUAAUGGCGGCUGCAGGAGUGCAGGCGAAGUCGAAGCUGAAGACUUGCAGUAAGGGAUGGGAGUGUACGGACUCGAUCUAUUGCUGCAACGAGACAAUCUCAGACUUCUUCCAGGUUUACCAAUUUGAAAAUCUAUUCUCCAAGCGCAAUUCUCCUGUAGCGCACGCCGUCGGAUUCUGGGACUACCACUCCUUCAUCACUGCUUCCACGGUUUAUCAGCCGCUCGGAUUCGGCACCACUGGCGGGAAGCAGAUGGGGAUGAAGGAGGUGGCGGCAUUUCUUGGCCAUGUCGGCAGCAAGACUUCCUGUGGUUAUGGUGUCGCAACUGGCGGUCCGCUUGCAUGGGGUCUGUGCUAUAACCAUGAGAUGAGCCCAAGCCAAUCCUACUGCAAAGAUGACUACCUUUAUCCUUGCACACCCGGAGCUGAAUAUCAUGGCCGAGGCGCCCUUCCAGUCUACUGGAACUAUAACUACGGUAUCAUUGGUGAUGGGCUGAAAGUUGAUCUUCUGAACCACCCAGAAUACUUGGAACAGAAUGCAACUUUGGCCUUCCAAGCCGCCAUGUGGAGAUGGAUGAACCCCAUUAAGAAGAAACAGCCAUCCGCUCAUGACGUCUUCGUCGAAAAUUGGAAACCGACGAAGAAUGAUACUUUGGCUAAAAGGCUACCCGGCUUCGGCACCACCAUGAACAUUCUUUAUGGAGAUGCGGUUUGCGGCCAGGGCUAUGUAGAUUCUAUGAACAACAUCAUAUCUCACUACCAGUAUUACCUUGAUUUGAUGGGGGUUGGCCGGCAGAGUUCAGGAGACAAUCUGGAUUGUGCUGAGCAGGAGCCCUUCAACCCAUCUGUCCAACCUGCUUCUUCAUAACCCAGCUGCUGUUGGGGGAAAAUAUUCUUUCUAUAAGACGGUAUAGCUUGGCUGGUACGUUAUUAUUCCAAUGUUAUUUAACUUGUUAUUGUUCGUAAUUGGUUGUGAUUUUACAUCAUAUAUAUGGCAGUGGUCCGUUCAAUUGAAGUGUUUUGUAUGUUGUGAGUAUAUGCGAUGCAUUUGGGACAAACGGUUGAUUGUUGUUAUUUUGUAAUAAUUAUGUUUUGUUGAUGCACCUUUUUUAUCUAUAUA